UGUAAAUAUAAAUAAAACAAUGUCAAGAAAGCAUAUUGACUUGACACCGGAUCACCAAACUAAUGCGAAGCGUCGCUGCACAAUGCCGGAAAGUCUUUCCGAACACCCGCAAAUAAAUGAGAGUGUUUUUUGGCCAGACAGUGACGCUAGUUUUUUCUCCAAUGCCAAGAUUGAAGAUCUUAUAUCCGAAGAAAAUUCUGCUAUAGUUCGUGCACCUUUUUCUAGUCAGACCAGCAUCAGCACCAAUUUUCAAGAAAGCGAUUCGGAUGACGGUUUAUUCGGCGAAAUUUCGCUGCCAUCUACAAACAACAACACACAGGCACAUGAUUAUAUUGCUGAUAAUGGUAGUACCAUCAGCAUCUCAGUCAUUCCAUCUGACAUGGAGGACCUUGAUAAAGAUAAUACACUUUUUGCCGAAAUUAAUUUGAAGGACUUGUCUGUUCAAGAAAAGGAGGACAUAUUUCAUGACGUCGACGAACGAAGCGAACCAAUUUUGCAGAACACUCAACGCUUUCUGGACGAUGUUGCCUUUCAAGUUCCCAAGACUCCGGAAAAGUUAGCAAUGCCAGAAAUAAUAGACGAAUCGCUCAUUUCUAAAUCCAUAAUCGAAGGUAUUGUAAUGGGCACUCAGUAUGAAACCUAUGAGGAACUGAAAAAUCAGUCCAUGCUGAAAAAGGAACUAGCCACACUCGACGAGAUUGAUUGGGUGACACAAGCGUUUACCGCACCAGAAGUCGACAUAUUUCCCAGUAAGGGUAACUUUUAUGGACUGCCGGACAGGAUCAAGAAAUUGAUAUUUCAGCACAAGGGAGUACAAAGCUUGUACGAGUGGCAAGACGAGUGUCUUAACUUGCCAGCAAUUUGCAAGCGAAAGAAUCUGAUUUACGCACUGCCCACCAGUGGUGGAAAGACCUUGGUUGCCGAGAUUUUAAUGUUGCGUGAACUGUUGUGCAGGGAGAGGGAUGUUCUCUUUAUUUUGCCCUAUGUGUCGAUUGUGCAGGAGAAGGUCAGUGCCAUGUCACCAUUUGCGAUUGCGCUCGAUUUUAUUGUGGAUGAGUAUACUGCAGGAAAGGGAAAAUGUCCGCCGAUGGCAAGACGCAAGCGCCGUAGUCUUUUUGUAGCUUCAAUUGAAAAGGGAGCCGUACUGAUGGACAGUCUCAUUGAGGCACAGCGUGCACACGAGAUUGGCCUAGUCGUCGUGGACGAACUACAUUUGAUAGGAGAACGUGGCCGAGGAGCAACGCUGGAGGCUCUUCUUACAAAAGUAAUGUUUUUGAAAGCAAACAUACAAAUUGUGGGCAUGAGCGCCACCAUUGGAAAUUUAAAUGAAAUUUCUGCCUUUCUUAAUGCUGAUGUGUAUACUCGCGGCUUUAGACCAGUUGAGCUUAAGGAGUAUAUUAAAUGUGGUCUAGAUCUGUUGGAAAUAAACUCAGCCGGUCAUACGCUGGAGGAGAUUUUCGUGCAUAAACGGAGUGUUAAUUACAAUUAUAGUGCGGCUGUAGCUCGCGCAGAUCCCGAUCAUCUGGCCGGCCUCGUAACCGAAUGCGCUCCUGAGCAUUGCUGUCUUGUUUUUUGCUCAUCGCGCAAGAAUUGUGAAAAUGUGGCGUUGUUGUUAAGUCGCAUAGUGCCUCGAACUAAAUUCCUCGAGCAUCGAAAGAACGAGAAAGCUGACCUCAUGGAUGCCUUGGAUAAAAUUUGUGGUAUUCUUAGUCCAGUUUUGGCCAAGACCUUGCCUUAUGGCAUUGCAUACCAUCAUUCCGGGCUCACGACGGACGAGCGCAAGUGCAUCGAAAUUGCCUAUCGGAUGGGCAUUAUCACGGUCAUCUGUUGCACCUCAACGCUGGCGGCUGGCGUCAAUUUACCCGCCAAACGUGUCAUCAUACGUGCCCCUUACGUGGGGAGCGAGUUUAUGACACUUUGCAAGUACAAACAGAUGGUGGGACGUGCAGGCCGCGCUGGCUUGGGAGAGGCGGGCGAAAGCAUUUUAAUCACACAGAGUCGCGACAAUGUGCGCGUGGGCCAGAUGCUCUUCUCACCUAUGGAUAACGCGCUGAGCUCCUUAGACUACCAGGAUGCCAUUGGUCUGCAGGCACUUAUUCUUAGCGUUAUUGGCAUGGAUUUGGCUAACUGCCGUCGUGAUCUAACACGCUUGGUUCACAGCACUUUGCUAUCUGUGCAGGCCGCUUCACUGGGCGUGGAUAUCGAUAGUCUGGUGUUACGUAUUGUGCGGGAAAUGUUUAAAAACAAAGUGCUGCAGUUGAGUGAAGGAUCAACGAAUUGCUCGGACAUUAUCACAACACAGGAUGUCAAUCAGAACAACAGAGAGGCGGCGACAGAUCGAAGGCUGUUUAUUGGCCAGACCACGCGUUUCCAGUUGACCAGCAUCGGAAGGGCGGCUUUUAAGGCUGGCAUCGAUUACAAGCGAGCCUUCUCCAUACAAAAGGAGCUGAAGCAGGCACAACAACAACUCAUACUCAGCAAUUACGCACACCUCAUAUAUCUCAUUAUAAGUUUUAAUUCAAAUGAGCGUGGAGACGAGCUUUUUUCAGCCGAUGCAGACAUUCUUUUCCGCUGCUACACUGCUCUUCCACCUCAGACACAGUCGCUGUUCCGACUGUUGGGCUUCAAUGAAGCUCAUGCCGUUAAGUUGGCUAAAACAUUAUCAGUGCAGGGACCAUUGGUAUUGCAAUUGAAUCGGCUCUAUAAGGUGCUCAUACUAAUGGAUAUUCUCGACAUUGUUCCACUACCCAAUGUGGCAAAAAAGUUCAAUGUGGAGCGUGGCACGUUGCAACUGCUAAUCAAUCAGUCUAUAGCUGCAGCCAGCGCCAUUGUGCGACUGUGUGAGCAAAUGGAAGAGUUCUGGUGCUACAAACCGCUUUUUGAGCGUAUCAAUGCAAAAAUGGAUCGUUGCGGUACCCUGGAAUUGGAACCACUCUUAGAGUUGCCCGCCGUUAAAAUGAAUCGCGCCAAACAGUUGUACACAGCGGGCUAUAAAACCAUUGAGGAUAUAGCCAAGACACGUCCCAUGACCCUCGUUAAAUCCGUACAGCACAUGUCGCUGAAAGUUGCCAAAGAAAUGAUAUCUGCAGCAAAGAUUAUUUUAAUGAAAAAGCUGGAUCACUUGGAAGAGGAAACUAAGGCUUUAAAAGUGUGUCUGCAUGGGGACGGAAAUGCUUAAUAUAUACAUAGAAUAUAAUAAACAAAGUGAGUUGGGCUUUA